CGAUUGGUGAAACUCAUUCUUCCCACAAUUCAAAACCUUCGAGUGCAUCAUCCGACAAGACUUUUAGAGAUAUUUCUUUCGAAAAUGCCGUCUCCUUCGGGUUCCGGGGUCGCUCUGACCAUUCUUCGAUUCUGCCUGAGCACACUGCCUUUUCUUGCGGUCCUCUCUUACUUGCUUUAUAUGGCUGUCCAGCGAGGCUACGAUGCAGAUGCUGAUGCAGGUGUAGACGACGGCAAUGCCGACGCGGAAACCGACGCUCUGUUCAGCCUCAUGGAUACAACCAUCGUCUUUCUUUCCUUCCACGUUGCUUGGACCAUGUUUGCCACGUACCUGCUCGUCUUUGUUCCAAAACGCCGAUACCUGCUCGAUCGAUACCUGAGAGAGGGCGAACCGACACUGGGUGACGUCAUUGCCGAAUCGGCUUCGAACAAGAAACGGAUGCGACUGUUCUCCUUUCGAAACUACGGGCUUGUGGUCUAUGGCCACCCCACGAAACUGGAUCCACCCGUGUUGGUUCGGAAAUCAGUCCGGGUCUUCCAACCCUGGACGAGGGAACGGGUCACGAUUUUGCGUCUGCCAAACCGACCCCUCUCGGGACAAGCCAAAACGGACAUCGAGAUCGAUCUAAGCCAGAUGAGAUCGGAACGAGAUACCACCCUCUGCUACAUUUCUACCUUGUCGAUCUUUUGGGUUUUGUUCUCACUCGGAGGUGCGGCCUUUUGUGUCUACCAGAUGGGCGAAAUCGGGGACGACUACCUGGUCGACAACGAAGACGCGAACCUGGCGAGGCGAAUUUUUCUGUUCGUGGUAGGAAUCAAUCCGUUUUUUGCAUUCGUUGUCAAUGGCAUUCGGUAUGCCAUGUACUACAACUGGAUGGUUCACUGGGGUGCCUCCGUGGAAGACGAAAACGAGGCACGAAACAUCAAAACCAACAACUGGUGCAUGUACAACAACGACGAGGAGGCGUCGUUUGACGGGUCGGACCAAAUCGGUUACAGCAUUCUUGGGGAGGAUCGCUCCUACGCCGGAACCGUCCCGAGCCACACCCGCUCCCUGGCCCCGGUUCGGCCCGGCGAGACCCAUCUGACCGUGUCCUCGGUAGAGGAGGACGGCACCGCGCUGCGGGUGCUUCCUUGGACGAACGCCUGAGGAACCUUGCUGGCAGGACUGGAUCGAAUCGUUCUCUCGGUUUGCUAGAGGAUGACGCCGUCGACAACUUUGGUGUAUGUAUGAUGUAUAUUACUGUGGAAAAAGUCCAUUGCUUUCGCCAACAAAGUUCGUAUCUAUAACGCAUAAAAUAAAUAUUUGAAU